AUGGUGUCACCAUGUGGCGACGCUGGAGGGACUGUGAAUCCGAGCGAGGUGCUGAAGCUUGUGGAAGAGGCCUUCAGUGCCCAACUCCGCUCCGUCGACGAGCGGCUGGCAAAGCUCGAGCUUUGUGUGCAGACGCGGAUUGGUGUUGUGGAUGUCGCCAGGGCGUCCUCCGACGCCGAAGUGCUGGGCGUGUGGUCCCCAGACACUGAAGUCCUGGAAGAUCUGCUCCCAGAUGUGAGAGUCGCACCCAUGGAGCCGUCCCAGAACUUGGCCGACCAGGAGCCACACAGCGGAAAAGCGACCGUCGAAGAUGGUUGGAACUACAAGUUUGAAGGUCCCUUGUGGCUCCUGGUUCGAUAG